AUGGUGCGCAUAAAAGAGAGAUAUCUUCUCGUCAACAUUGUUUAUCCAGCCGACCCUGCAAAGGCUGCAAAUUCAAAUUUGCCAGACUCGGUCCUUCAUCACCAACCUACAGUCGAAAAGCUGUCUGCCGGCAUUCUUAUUAAAGCAAUAAAAGCGGAAGUCGCGUCACUUUAUGGUGACUAUGGGGCUGGAGCAUUACAGUCCUGUUCUGUGAAAUACCUAUCGUUGGCAACCUCAACUUUCAUUCUCAGAUGUUCGAGAGCUCACUAUCAGAUGCUCUGGUCUACAUUAACUUUCAUGGACCACGUUCCUGUGAACAACGGCAGACCGUGCAUCUUCCGUGUCGUGCGCGUCAGUGGAACGAUGCGCAAGACUGAAGAGGAGGCUAUUCGCCAGGCCAAGAGACUCAUCCUCGCUGCUAAAGAAGAGACUGAACCCACACCUGCUUUCAGUUCCUUGCGCAACCAGGAAGAAAUGUUUCUCGACGUCAAUGACGCGUCAAGCGAUGAGGAGAUGGACGAUGCAGAUGGCUGA